CUUGGAAGCAACCAAAAACGACGGCGUCACAAGCCGAAGCAUUUCUCACUUGUGUCUACCAUUCUCUACUCACAUUGUGCUCUUAUAUCCCCAUUGCUCCUCUUUCAUUGAUGGUUCUGCGAUCGAUUGUUUUUCUCUCGUCACAAUCGCUGUUUACUGUGGAUCCAUCUCGCGGCGCGUUGUGCGUUGCGUUGCGCUGCACGUCAACGCAUAAAGUUUGAUUUGAAAAGGAUAAUAAACAAACGCGCAUGCAAAGCACAUGUACACAUUGGAAGACGAACGAUAUAUAUAACCCGCUGUCGAAGAUCCGGCUUCCUCAGCUAACGGAUAGGAACGACGAGAGCUGUUGACGCGACUUGGUUGCCUGGGGAAUUAUUUGACAGCAGAACACGAUUGCUUCAACAUGACUUCUCCUAUUGAAGCCACACAGGCUUUGCAAACCUUGCAGGGCGAUACAAUUAUUGUUAAACAUCCUCGAGAGCGACUGAACCCCACGACACCUCAACCCCAAGAAGCAGGACCCCAAGAUCCAGCUGCGGUGACAUUACCUUCGACAGAGAUUCCAAAUUCGCCCAUCGAUCUAAACGAAUCCUUUAGAACCGAGAUCAACGAGGAUCGACCGGCCGUCACGGUUAUCCCAUCGUCACUUACACCGCCUCCCUCGACCCAGGUUUACAGCCAUGCCAGUCAAGCUGGUCCCGGUCCCUCCAAACGAAAGUUCUCUGGCUCCCAGCAGUCAUCGACACUCUUCUCCCCGCCAGCUACCGUACCUAAUAACAUACGCGAACGUCCUGUGAUAACGGAAUUCCUCCCUCCCGCUCCGCAUCAGGUCCUCGAGGCGUCCGCCGACGAGCUGCGCGUCAUGCUUCAGUCGGCUCUAGCAGAGCAACAAAAGCUCAAGAUGGAGACAGCUCAUCAUAAGUUACAGUAUAACUUAUUGUCUAUCCAGGCCGACGACGAUGCCAAGCGUGCUGCUGUGGAACACGAGAUGAUGCGUCGCGAGGUAGACGCGCUGCGAAAUGCAGAAUUCACCCGAAUGGCUAGAAAAGAAUUUGAUCAGCCGUCCGAGGCAUUACAAACAAAGUAUUUACAGAUGAAGGCGCGGUAUGAGGCCAUGCUACAAGAGAAUGAGAUCCUCCAACGCCGGGUCCAGACUGCUAAGAAGGUCAUCAAGCAAAGCGAGGAUGAAAGCAUUGCUCUUCAUGAGGAGCGAGAUAUGUUGCUGAGACGAAUACGCGAGAACAGAGAGCAUAUGCAGAUGCUCUGUAGACCUGGGGGUAUAUUUCACGCAGUCUUAACACCCAGACAGAAAGUCGCUGUCGUGACACAAGGGUACAGAAACUCUCAGCAACAGCAGACAUCUAGGUCACAAGGGGAGCAUGGUCUCUCGGCUUUGUUGCAGGCUAUGAGCCAGGAUAACAACAGCGCACCUUCGACACCGAUGCAUUCUCAUCGCCCUGCGCCACGCGUCGGAAAACACAACCGCAACUCGCAAUCCAUGUCGUCUCUGCCCACGACGCCUAUGAACCGGCCGGUGGGUACAAAUGUUGGGCUUCUUCCAUCGGUGGAUCUGGUACCUCACUCGGAGCCUCAUCGAUACUCCCAGAGACAGUUCAUUCCUACGACACCUGUGGCCAAGACUGACCGCCGCCGUAGGAGUCGAGAGAGCACUAUUUCAGCAGACGAUAAUGAGGAGCUAGCCAGGCAGGCGCUUGAGUCGGUUGCCGCAGCUCAGUCGUUUACAUCACAGUCACGAAACCAGAGCGACCAGGAUGGAGAGGUGUUUGAUAGCCAGGCUAGUCAAGCUGCUGCAGAGAUGCUGCGGCGAGAUCCGCGGCAGAGCUUUGAGGUAGCCGAAACCUUGAAGAACACACCAGGACCAAUGGAGAAAACAGUUCGCAUGCAGGAGAGACUACUUUCCCAUCGAAAUGGAGAUAGCGACAAGCGAAAAUUCAACGGCAACCAUUCAUCUACCGGGGAGAUACGGCUCGAUCAAGCAAGUCCAGCGAAGAAGUCGAAAGUGGUUGAACCAAUGGCAGAUGGGCAAGACAAGCUAGGACUGGGGAUUCAGUAUAGACAGGAUCUUACCCGACGCUCCGACAUUUCAAGCCACACUCGACAUUACCCGAAGUCUGAAGCCGGUGUCGAGGAUCCACUUUCGGCUCAUGGCAACGGGACGGGAGUGUUCCGGCUUUCGGCGGGGGUGGAGGGCCUUCAAGGCGUCCUCGCCAAAUCCCCUUCCGACACCGUAAUCCUCUCCGCCGUCCGCACUCCCAUCUGCCGCUCCUACAAGGGCCAGCUCAAAGACGCAUACCCCGAGGAACUCCUCGCCAGCGUCCUCAAAGCCACUCUCAAAGCACACCCCGAAGCCCCCGUCGACGAUGUAGCAGUCGGCGUGGUGCUCUCCGAGCUCGGCGGUUCCAAAGCGGCGCGCAUGGCUCUCAACCACGUCGGCUUCAAGAACACCACUAGCUUGUACACUGUGAACCGCGCGUGCUCUAGUUCGCUGCAGGCCAUCGCUGCUGUGUCGGCGCAGAUCCAGACGGGCAUGAUCGAUACGGGUAUCGCAGCUGGUAUGGAGAGCAUGACGAGAAAUUACGGAAGCAGAGCUAUCCCUGUGGAUGUGUGGCCGGAGCUGAAGACCUCACCUAAUCGUCAUGCGCAGGAUUGUAUUAUGCCUAUGGGUUUGACGUCUGAGAACGUUGCGGAACGAUAUGGUGUUUCGAGAGCGGACCAGGACGCUAUGGCUGUUGAGUCUCACCGUCGUGCUGCGCGUGCGAGAAAGGAGGGCCGUUUUGCGGAGGAGAUUGUACCCGUUGAGACAAGAUUCCAGGAGGUUGAUAAGCAAGGUAACAAGGUUGGCGAGGAGCAGCGCAUCACUGUUACUGCUGAUGAUGGUAUUCGUGAGGGCGUUUCCAUUGAGGCUUUGGCUAAGCUCAAGCCUGCUUUCAAGCCCGACGGUGCUUCAACAGCUGGAAACUCGAGUCAAGUCUCCGACGGUGCUGCCGCUACCCUCCUCAUGCGCCGAAGCACAGCUACCGCCCUCGGUCUCCAAGACCGCAUCAUCGGAAAAUUCGUCUCAGCCGUCACAGUCGGCUGCGAUCCCGAUGAGAUGGGUAUCGGCCCCGCCCUCGCUAUCCCCAAGCUCCUUGACCAGGUCGGUCUCAAGACGGAGGAUGUGUCACGGUGGGAGAUCAACGAGGCGUUCGCGAGCCAAGCGCUGCACUGUGUGAGGGAGUUGGGACUCGAGGAUGCGUGGGCGAAGGAGAAGGUCAACCCUGACGGAGGCGCUAUUGCGCUGGGACAUCCUCUUGGAGCUACUGGUGCGAGAAUGACGAGUACGCUUUUGCAUGGACUUAAGAGGGAUGGUGGUGAGGUUGGUGUUGUGAGUAUGUGUGUUGGUACGGGUAUGGGUAUGGCUGGGUUGUUUGUUCGGGAGUAG